AUGUCAAAGAUUCUGCUCAUCGAUCCUGAUUGGCAGGGAAAGGACAAGGAGCUCCCAGAGAAGUUCGUUGCAAAAAUUCUCAGUCAACAAGCCUUGCAGAAGUUAUCAAGUGAAAUAGCACAGAAGAAUAAUAUUGAUGACCACUUUGCUGACACAACGUUUCUGGCCAAAAUGGAAGCGAUACAAAAGCGUUGUCACAAUGCAGAAGUGACUACCUGCAGUCAUCUAGCCAAAAUUCCUGAAGGGAAGUACAAUAUGCCCAAGAUCUACUACAUGAAGAAGUUCAGCGAAAAUAAUCCAGUGAAAGGAUAUAUUCUUAUGGGAUAUCUUGAGAAUAUCAAAGCAAUACAUAUAUUCGAAAACGUAUCCCUGAAGGAAGUGCGACAGAUUCUUCGUUGUCUUGCAGUUUUUGAAGCAAAUUCGCCCAAUAUUCCUAUAGAGGAACGAACAGAUCUUAUUGAACAACCUUUCAAAAAUGUUUUUGGUUCUAUGUUCGAGCAGAAGGUGUUGGAUACCAUAGGGCAAAUGCUCCGCUCAUUUGGCGAUGGAAAGUUGGAGGAGAAGGCUGAUCGCUUUUCAAAGAUUCUACCCGACAUGGUCGAUCUCGAUUCAAUUGAAAAUUUGUCUGAAGAGCUCGGAAUGGAGCGUGUUCUGUGUCAUGGAGACUUGUGGUCUAUGAACAUCCUCUGGAGGCAAAACGGAGAUCAGCUUAACUUGGCUGGUUUAGUAGACUAUCAGAUAGCUCACUUUGGUUGUCCUGUAACCGAUUUGGUGCGCAUGUUCUCUGCAUGCCUCAGUGGAAAAGAUAGGCAAGCACACUGGGAAGAACUUCUAGAGGAUUUCUACGGAUAUCUCAAGGAGGAGGGUUUGGCCACCAUAAUGGAGAAGACAGAAUGUCUGCUGGAUGACAUCUUGUACUUCCAUGACAGAAAUAUGAAGAUUAAAAGAGGAGAGCCAGUCGACUGA